UCCGAGUGAGCACGGCUACGUGGAGACUCCGGACGGUCUGGCCUGGCACAGGCUACAACUCGCAGUGUUCCAAAAGUCGGCAACACGCACGAACCGCACGUCGACGCCUAAACACGCAGAACAAGAUACGAACACGCACGCGAACACACCCGAACACGUCUUAAACAUAUUCGAAACCGAAAAAAAAACACACGCAUACGUCAAACGCGUCGUCUUCGCGACUUGCUGAACGAUAGUCUUCUUCACUCUCCUGGCAGACGUGCUGAUCCUGCGCGAGGCAGCUCCGAGUAGACGACUCGAGGCCCAAGGGUAGUACCGACAACGGCUGUUCCAGGUCACGCCAGCCCAAACGAGCCCUCGUGGAAAUGUUGUCCAUCACGAGGAGAAUACGCUAACCUAGACGGUGGAGGUGGAGGUCGGUGGACCAGGAAGGAUAACGUUGGAUUAAGGGUCACCUGGAUUUGUCCUAGUUGCAGGAGUAUUGUGGACCUCGAACCCUUACCGUCCCUGACCUUCCUUUACAGCAUACCUAGACAGUUACUCAACGUGUGUCGCGGGUUUUUGAGGAAGUAUUGGAUUUCGCGAAACGAGUGCCGAGCGUGAGUGUCGUAACCCAGAUCCUUCCGGUUCGUGGAUUUAGUGUUAAAUUGGUUCCAAUCAUUUGGAAUCAUCGUGCGGGGUAGUAGGGCCGACUUGUGAUAAAGAUACCUUAUUCAAACACGGAAGCGAAAAAAACGAGGCGUUUACUGAGGCCCCAACUAGGUCUGACAAACGUAAGCAUAGGUCUAGUGAGUGAGAAAGUGCUGCUAACGUGAGUUGAUGAAUGGGACUCUGAUUUGACAAUCAGAAAGAUGAUCCAUGAUCGUCUCUUUUCGAACAACCCGAUACGAUUGUCGACUGGGGUAGUUCAUUAGUAUUUACCCUAAACGGAAGUGAUCUCUUGCAAGGUGUGACGCAACACCAGGGGAAGUUAUCAAGUAGAAUUCCGUCAACAAACAACGUGAACCUACAUCUUUCGAGGUUUUCGGUGCGUGUCUUGAUGAGCGUGGCGUGGAUCGAUAGUGGCCUCGCGAGCUUUAGUCGACGUUGACGUUGACGAAAUACCCCCUGGUGACUUCACUGUCCGGCACAAGGUGAAAAUUCACCAGCCGAAUCGAACCGAUUCGAGGCAGCUUAUCACCCGGUAGAAAUCGCUAAUCUUGCGAUUUAUGGGGGACUUCGGCGCGGCCAGUCUUUUUUCCAACACCUGCGGCCCCACCUCCAAACCAUUCACCGUCAACUCUACUAGUGCAACAAUAACCAUCACAACCACGGCAAUGCAGGACGAUUUGCUUAUUGAGAAGCAGGGCUCAGCAAAGCCCCCACUCUCACCUGGAGGUGUCUUGGAUCAGAGCGGACAGGACAAAUCAAAAGAUUGCGUAGAUGUUGACAACAUCACAAUAACCCAGAAUAACACACCCACAGACAAGGACAUGUCCUGCAAUACCACUUCCAGUUUGCAAGGUUUCUCGGACCCGGUCAGGGUACCAAGCCUCUGGGCAGCUCCGGACGACUCUAGUUUGCAUCAGCUUCCAGUGAAUGGAUCCAUCGCAACCUUUCAAAACUUCCCAACUGGUGGUCCUGGACUCUUUGCUGGAUCCAGCGCUGCAGGUCGUCGAGCCAUCACAGCUAGUCACAAUUUUCCACAACAUGGAAAUUCAGCACCAGGCAGCAGGCAUGGUCUACCAACACCGUCCGUUCAACAACAGCAGCAGCAACAACAGCAACAGCAGCAACAACAGCAACAGUCCUCCCAUCCUGGGGUUUACGUUCAGGGAAAAGGGUAUGCUGCCUGGUCAGGUGGUCCACAAGCACCACAACAAUGGGGCGGCGGACCUCAGGCCGCUGCACAGAGUCCUGCUCUUUCGCCUUGGAGUCGCGGAAGAUCCGUGCCAAAUUUGCCGCCGCUGCAUUCAUCUCUUCACGCUGCAGCUGCUGUUGCUGCAGCGGCGGGUCUUCAGAACAGGAAACCAAGUCCAACCUUCCCUGGACAUCCGGUUCCUACAGGUCAUCCGUCAAGCAUUAGUCCAGUUAAGUUCCGGAGAAGCACUUCUUAUCCCGGAAAGGGGAAUCUUUAUCCGCCACAACCAACACCCACGUUUGAAGUCACCUCAGCUGAUGAACGAGAUCUUAUGCAGAUGCCACCCUAUCAGCAGGAACGGAUGAACGCAAACGGAAAUUCACCUUUGGAUAGUAUGCGGACGUUAGAACAUUAUUUAAGUGAUAUCAUGCGGGCAGGAGCGGCAGACACACCAGAACAUCUUAAAGGGUUCAUAAACUGCAAUGCCAACACGCUACAAUCCCUCGCACAGCUACAUGGUAAGAUUACGGAUCCUGAAUACCAGUAUGCACCAAAAUUCGAUACCAGAAUGGCUCACGAGUAUAUAAAUUGUAAAUCUCCGUUUUUCCCGAGCCUUGAUGAGCAGGGUGGCAAUCUUUUAGAGGAUCCAACUGGCCAGUUGGAUGGAGUCGGAGUUGGAGUGGGAGUAGGUGUUGGAGUUGGCAUGAAUGCUCCUCAAAAUGUACCACUUUCAUCUCCAAGCCGAAGCAGUCCUCACAGUCAAGGUAGCGAAACCGGCGAACGAUUUUCCAGAAAAGUCUUCGUCGGAGGUCUGCCACCUGAUAUUGAUGAAGAUGAGAUCACAGCCAGUUUUCGCCGCUUUGGGCCAUUAGUCGUUGAUUGGCCACACAAAGCUGAAAGCAAAUCCUAUUUUCCACCAAAGGGCUACGCUUUUCUCCUAUUUCAGGACGAGAGUUCGGUGCAGCAAUUGAUUGACGCGUGCAUUCAGGACGACGACAAGCUCUAUUUGUGCGUGAGUUCGCCCACAAUCAAGGACAAACCUGUGCAGAUCCGACCUUGGCGUUUGAGCGAUGCAGACUUUGUUCUUGAUGCAUCAAUGCCGCUUGAUCCACGAAAAACCGUUUUUGUCGGCGGCGUACCGCGGCCUCUGAAAGCUGUUGAACUCGCGAUGAUAAUGGACCGAUUGUACGGAGGUGUCUGUUAUGCCGGUAUCGACACCGACCCGGAACUCAAGUAUCCCAAGGGUGCCGGCAGAGUGGCUUUCAGCAAUCAGCAAAGUUACAUUGCAGCCAUUUCCGCACGAUUUGUGCAAUUGCAGCACGGUGAUAUUGACAAGAGGGUCGAAGUCAAGCCGUACGUCCUGGACGAUCAGAUGUGCGACGAAUGCCAAGGUCAACGCUGCGGCGGAAAAUUCGCUCCCUUCUUCUGCGCCAAUGUCACCUGCCUACAGUACUACUGCGAGCACUGUUGGGCGACAAUUCACUCCCGGCCAGGACGGGAGUUCCACAAGCCUCUGGUGAAGGAGGGUGCGGAUCGGCCACGCGCUGUGCCUUUUCGCUGGUGUUAACCCCAACUGCGUCGCCCCUAAUUAUCUCGCGCGGCCCUAGCUAAUUAACUAACUACCACCACCACUACCACUUUUACAAUGCCCGAAUCCCCAUUAUUAUUAUUAUUAUUAUAUGAUAACUACCUGCCUACCUACCUUACUAUCCCCACCUUUUACCCCCAAAUCCACCACAAAAACUACUACUAUUAUUACUACUACUACUACUACUCGAUCGUCACUACUCCACUCUUCUACUACUACUACUACUACUACUACUACUCUACUACUACUAAUAUUGCUACUACGAAAAUAUUACUACUAUUACUCCAAUUACUAUCCCCAUUACCACCGAUUUUACUCGCAAGAAGAAAUACCAACAACAAGAACCCGUCAAAGCAAGGAAACCCAGAAUUUUCCUCUGCUCCCUCCGUUCUUGUCGAACCGUUUGAAAAUAAUAAUAAUAAUCCCGGUUCAAGCGGCAAGUUUCAGGAAGUUGGAUCAUCGAGCUAAUUGAAUUCUUGUAUCUCGUUGGACAACUCGUGUGUCCCCCCCGCAUCAAGAUCGCGUCUUAAUGAUUUGAUUUUCAAGAAUUCGUUUACUGCGAACUAUAAUUCUCUCGAGUAGAAGAAAAAUCUCGGCAAGGAGAGAGGAGGAGGAGGAGGAGGAGCGGUAGUUGUAAGUUCUCGAUUGAUUGAUUGAUUGAUCGAGCCGAGAAUCGAGUGAGAAAAAGAAUGAAAGUAAAUAAGGGAGAGAGAGAGAGAGUGUGAGAGUGAGAGAGAGUGAAGAAAAGUAAGGAGGGAGAGGGUGAGAAACUAAAGAAAAUAAUAAUAAUAUUAAUACUAAUAUAUGGAAAUAACGAGAGACGCGCGCCCUCGCGCGACUGAGUGUUAUUAAUCGAUAAAUGGAAAAUCCACGCUUUAUCGCUGUGUAUUAGACAAAUUCUCGGUAUCACAGUCUCUAGAAACUAAGAAUCUUUAUUAACUGCGUUAAAUAGGUACGUUUAAUUAUAAUACGUGUUUAGCCGGAAAAGAGAGAGGAUUUUUUUUUCGUUUUGUUUUUCAACUGGAGCUUGUUCUCGACACUUGGCGACCGAGAGACGGGUGAAUAAUUUGAUAGUGAAAUUGUUUCGCGAGGGGCGAACUUUUUUAAGGGGAGAAAUUCAUCUUGAAUUUUUUUUUUGUCACCAACUUCCCCUUUUUGCCAAACGCUUCUUUCGGAAGCAAAUAUCACUCGCUAAUCAGAGAAAUCGAUGAUAGGGAAAAGUGGCGAAUGAUGUGAGGGCGACAAUUGUCCUUGUCAAUUAUUGCCUUCAGAUUACAGUUUUGAAAAUCGUUUCCUGGUUGCAGCGAGAAAUCUUCGGAAUAAUCUCCCAUUGGUACAGGUAGAGGUGAUCCGUAGAGAGUAGAGAAACGUAGGAAUUUCGGUAAAUCGUCCUUGACUUUAACGACGCAAAAAAAAACGAUCUAUUUUCAUUUAGGAUAGAGGACUUUUGCUACUAUCUCGUAGUUUUUCGACGUUUGCCGAAGGCAAAUGCAAUACUUUCCAAUGACGAAUAGAUUAUUUUUUUUAGAUCUUUCUGCAAGCCUGACCGAAUAACCGAUAUCCAGACAGACUUGAACCUGUGACGCGGUCACAAAAAGUUGGCAUUAUCGUUGCUUCGUAUCCUACUUUUAUAAAAGUUUUGUCCCAACUUUUGCUAUGGUAGACCAUGUUUUAAUUCUUAAACUAGCAGUGUAAAAGCGGCUUUGUGUAGACGGUUUCCAGGUUCUAAGUACUCGAGGAACGGGUGUUGUUUGACCUGUUAGAAUUGCAGAGACUUUUGAAUUUUUCAGAACUUUUCUCCGGAAUUGGCUGAAUGAUGAUGUCGCUCGGAUCGAUGAUUUAUUUUUGUAUUUUUUUCUACCUAAAUCCGAGGCUCGGGAGAGGGAUCGAGGAUAAGGGUGUGCAACGUCUCGUCAAUGAAGGUAAUAAUUUUUAGGAAACGAUCUCGAGCUGAAAAAAUGAAAAAAAAACAUCUUUGAGCUCGUGAGCGAGCUCAGCGGGGGCUUCGUUUGUACAUAAAUGUGUAAAACCUUCGAUUGCUAUCCACUCUUAACCACGAUUUCUUCUCUCGGUGUAUAUAAUCAAACGAAUGCAAUCGCGUAGUUCAAAUUGAAAGAAAAAAAAACCACUGUCCCGACUGAUUGGGACAAUUAUUCUAAUUAGAAGCAGAGUCGAGAACGUGUUGUGUCGUGUUUCUUCCCGCGGUGAUGCUGGACAAGUGAUCGCUUUUGAAGUAUGAUUAUUAUAACUGAUGCGAUAAACACAACAUCAACACUCACAUCUACACAAACAUUCGAUUACAAAAAAACAAAGAAAAGAAAACAACAUAACACGGUAAGAAAUCCGCAAUAUGGACCCGUAAGGAUUAAGAGAAAGACAGAGUAAUCUCCACAUCUAUAUAUAAUAUAUAUAUAUAUAUAAACAUAUAUAUUUAUUUUUUUGGUCUCCUUUUUGUAUAUAACUCUGGCCACCUUAGGUGUAGGUGGCAUUUAGAUACCGGAGAUGAAGGACAGAAUUAGAAAAGUCUUCGCCUGAACUUAGCUUCUCCCUUCGAUUCACGGUAUUCAUUGCUCGAAAAAAAAGACGCAACGCUCUCAAGAAAAGAAUAAAUGGUGAAUAUCGACGCUGUAAAUUAAAGGCGAAGUCGCGAUUGGGUCUCGCGAAGCAAAAUCGUGCAAUAUGAUUUUUAUUUGAAAUUGUUAGCAUUAAUAUUUUAAUCUUUAAUUGAAACUUUAUGCUGUACCAGUCGAUUAAUACAGCAACGAUUUAUAUUUUUUCAUAAAUAAAGAAAUCUCGACAAAUGGUGUUUUUGUCUAUAAUUUUGAUCAAGUUACUCCUAUUGUUUUUAAUCUGUUUUCUUUUUUUUUACAAAUUGCAUUAGUUUAUAAGGAAAAUUCAAUAGGUAGCCAAUUCGAGGUUUUUGGCCUCAAAUAAUGCGCGAUUCCCAAUCGUGAUAUGUUAGAUUUUCUAAACCAAAAAUUCUGGACGAUGAAAUUCGUUGUACAAUGAGAAGGAUACGAGACGUGCAAAACAGAGCAUUAGUUAGUGCAAUUUUAACGCGAGUGACGACCUUUCACGUGACACGCGAAAAAGAGGAUAAGAAGCCUUGAAUGUGGAAGACAAGUGGAGAAGAGGAGAUAUUUUUCAAUUUUCAAAUCCAACGCUUACGGUUUACAAAUAUCACCUUUUGGGUUCACUUGUCUCCGCUUUUCUUGGUCUAUCCGCCUUAAAUAAAUAAUUCAUGAUUGGAGUUUAUCAACGAUUCCAAAAAACAAAAUAAUAAAGAAAAAUUUGCCGCGCUCUCGCGGUUGAAUUUAUAAAUAUAUAUUGUACGUAAUAUACAUAUAAUGCAAUUCGUUUAAAUGGCGUGAACUCGGAUUAAGGGAUGACACGCGAUUUGUUCGUGUACGUUUCAUACAUCACAAUUCGAUAUCUCGAUAUAAGGGCUAAAAAAAAAGUGAAAGGACACACCUACCCGUAAAUGUAGACGUACACAUACACAUACACAUGCACAUGCACGUACACGGACACGUAUACGUAAACAUGAAAACACAAACGCGACACACGCCAAUCGGUAUAAUUGUAGCGAAACUUACCUAGGUACCAAUUCACCUAAAUCAAUUGAUAAUUAAACAAAAUAUAUAUUGAUAUACAUAUUAUAAAUAAUAUAUAUUAUAUAGAGAAUAGCAUUAUAUUCAAUAUACCUGACCGCCGACGACUUGGACGUGGACAGGCGACCGAUUUUUCUAGUGAAAUUUGUCUAAUUUUUAUGACGUACACCGGGUUUUAUCCAAAACUCAUUUCAAUUUCGUACACACUUUUCUACUAAAAAAAAAAAAAGAACACCAGCCGUUUCACACUUUCGCAUAUUUUAUUUAAUGUUAAUUAGUACAUACUUUAGUUAAUUCCUUAUCCCAAAGAUAUUUUGUAAAUCCAAUGUGAUUGUAAGAGUGAUUACUGUCGAAAAUAAAACAUUUUUUUAUCUGAAAAUUUAUGCAAUCUUUUUUUUUAUAUGUAGAUAUUUAGUGCAAUUGUAGAAAAAAGUGCGACCCUGAGAUUUGCGUUGUAGAAAAUUUCAAGUGAGAACGGCUGUUUUUUUUUUAUUUAGUGGUUGAACACGAUUCAGUGACACGAACACAAAACACGCAAGCACACUAUGUGCGCGUUCUUAUAUUCGAAAUUACAAUCGUACCUUUUUAACAUGAAUAUAAAUAUGUAGUUAUAAAAAAAAAAUCUCAGUUGUGUUAUCGUGCUUUUUAUAAAGUCUGGUUCUCAAAAAAGGCAUUACUGUUUUCGUACGUGAAUCAAACUGUUCUAGACGUCGUGUAAAAAAAAAAACCGAUGUGUGAAACGCUGUUUUUGUAGUAGUGGUUCAAAAAAAAAUCCAAGUGUCCUGUUGUUUGCUGUAUCCUUGCUCAUGCUCUAUGGUCUAAACGAUGGUUAUAUUACGCAGUAACUAAACAUCAAUCUCGCGCCGCGUCAUGCGCCUUCACGCGCCUUAAAAAAAGAUACCGUGACAUCUCCCUGCACAAGAAUUCUCAGCCCUUGCAAAUAAUUCUUAUCGCAAAUCCACAGCAGGAGACAACGACUCUCUACUUCUCUUAAUUGCCAGAAUCGAAAUUCCACGUCACGUGACAACCACAUAUCAAACGAUUUUCGCACAAAAAAAAACCGGAUACGAAUCUGGGUGCGUUAAUUAGGAGCUGCAGAGGCGCGUUGUUUGAAAAAAAGUCUCGUGAAACGUCACACAAAUUACACAGUACACACGCGCACGCAAAACACGGAUGAAACACACUCAUGGUAUCGAGCAAUCGAUAUGUCAAGAACAAGCAAUAACAAUAUGUUAGGUGUGAUUCUUCACCUCCUUUGUAAUGUGUGUGAUAAAGCAUAGUAUAUAUAUAAUAUAAUGACUAUUAUAUAUAUGAAUAUAAAUAUUAUAUAUAAAGUACUAAUAUAUAAUUGAUAAUAAUGAUUAAAAUAUCUAAUAUAUUCUGACAGACCGUAAAAGGGGAUGUAACUAAAUUACUCUCGGGGACAAAAGUCCAGUCUGGCUCCUAACUCUUGAGCUCGUUCUUGAGCUCACUCUUGAGAAGGGCUACGUCAGAAAAAUUAAAUCUGUUAAAAGUUGUUCAAUUUUUAAGGAUUUAUUUUUUACUGUGCAGUAGAAUCUUUGGAGUAUUUUGUGCCCGACAGUAGGAACUAAUUGUACGACACGGCAGUCAAACAGUAACAACAGAAAUAGGAGAAAAGAUCUAGUGCAUGAGGAAACAAAAAGUGAUCCAAAAGUAAGAACAGCCACACACACAAACACAUAUAACGGCAUACAACAAUGAUAAUAAAGUAAUCCUUAAUGGCAACAAUUAUAAACGCAUCUCGACCGAACUCUGUUGUUCGAUUUACUGAAUGAGUAAUUAAGGGCAAAACUUGGUGGAAAAAAAAUUAAGUACGUGAGAGGGGGAAAAGAGUAACAAUGGUAGUCAUUUACGAUAGAUUUGUAUUUUUCAGUGUUGAAAAGUUUUUUAUACCGCUGUUAUAUUCUUGUCUAAAUAUCUUAGUUCAGUGCAUGAGAGAGGGAGAGAAAGGGUGAGUAUGAGAGCGAGAGAAAAUGCGUGGGAGAGAAUGUCAAGGGGGAGGGAGGGGGAUGAAUAUUUGGCGUUGUCCAAACUAAAAAAUAAAAUAAUAAUAAUAAUAACAGAGAAUUGGUGAAAUUUUUGUAUCUGUAAGCUAAGAAAGUAAGAAUACAAUUCGGGACAUUUUUGCGAGAGAGCGAUCGAGUGAUCGAGUCGAGUAAAAAGGGAAGAAAAAUGAAUAACGCACUUUUAGGGGCUGAAGAGAAUUUGUCAAGUGUACCCCUCCGAGAAAUCCAAAGGAUCUGCUAAUGACGCGAAAAUUGGGGCGAUAAUAAACACGAAGUCAAAUUCGAAGUGAUACGUGCGUGAUCGUGCGUACUUCCUACAAACCCGUACCUAUUAUUUAAUGAUAACGAUAGUAAUAUAAAUGACCCCUGCUCACCCUCCGAUAUACCGUUUUCCGAGGAAGAUUCAAAUGAUUUUUAUUUUUUUAUAUAAAAGUUAUUAUUAUAUUAUUAUUCUAUCUGUAGAUAAAUCCGUAGCGUUUAUAAUAGCCCAAAAAUUGUUUUCCUAUUUCCCUUUUUUUUUUAGCUUUGGUUAAUGAAUUUAUUACCGCUAAUAUUACCCUAUGUAGUAGAGCAGAGCACUAUUGUCGCUGUAACUAUUGCGUUUUUCUCUAAUCGCUAUUACCACUUACUACACUGUUAUUAUCAUUGAUCGUUAUCGCUAUGAUUUCUGUCACUAUUGUAGAGAUCUCCACGUACCAAAGAGACACGGAAACAACACACCCCAAAUUUUCACACAUCACACGAAAAUGCAUAAUCAACCAUACAUACGCAAAAAAAACAACACUGACAAACGUGCAUAGUUAAACAGAAAGGAAAAUCACAAGUAGCUUAGGAAUUUUGUGGAGACGUUUUAUAAAUAUCCGAGUAUCGAAGCAAGCGUUGGUUUCUGAGUCAGUUCGAAAAUCGACGACUAAGUAAACCUUCGAGGUUCUCUGUGGAGAGUAAGAUUAAAUCUAAAGUUAAGCCCUGGUGAUCGACAAGUCGCGAACUUGCUGAAUAAAUUCAAGUCACGAAUUGCUUAGGUCCUUAGACGUAUAAAGUAAUGAUAAGACUUUUUAAGACACAAGCAGCUGGGAGUAGUGCAAUGUUAAGUGACAAAAAAAUGGACGUGGCGGGGUAAUGAUGUGGUUGAAAUAAAGAAAAAACACCCGAUAGAAAGAAACCGUAAUAAACGUGUCAAGGGAUCUUUCAAGAGCGGGAAACCAAUUCGAGAGAAUUCUCAGGAUUAAGGUUGCGAAUCCAAGUAGGAAAUUGUCAGGCGAAAAGGGCCAAUUGGGAAAUAAAUUGAUCGUGAAUCGAGUUUAAAAUUGAGAGAAGAGCAAACGGAAAGAUCGGAGAGACAAUUGACGAAAGUACCGGCGCGAGAAAAACCAAAAUCAAAAAGUCGAAUCCAUUUGGAACAGAAACUUUUCGUUGAAUUAUUUACUCUGCUGCUAACUUUUCCAUAUCGAUUCUACAAAUAUAAACUCUAUGCGGCUUGAUGUUAAUUCAAAUUAUUCACAAUUAAAUAUUGCAUUUGAAAAAAAGCAUUGUUUUGCGCGGGUUAGAGUUUGGGCGAUGUCCAUUUGACCUCAUGAGCCAACUUGUCCUCACGAGUAGUGGGAGCAAGCAGACCAAGGACUCCGCGCGUCAAAUGGGCUCCGCGCGUCAAAUGGGCUUUUUCCACCAAAUGGGCUCCGUGCGUCAAAUGGGCAUAGCCCGCAGAGCUGUUUUUUAUAAUAAAUUGAAGAGUUCUGAUUCAAGUGCAUCUUCUUCGCGAUUGAAACCAAGGAUUGAUCGAAAUCGUUGUGACAAUGACACUCGUAGAUGCAAAAUAUCACUUUUAAGACAUUACAGUACCCGUAAUGCUCUUUCAUAUUAGGAAACCCUCCCCGCCCCCGGUUCCUGUAAGUUUGUUGAUAGAAAUUCGUGAAGUAAAUGAAAGAGUUGUUUGUGGAAGCAAAACAAAAAAAAAGAAAUGAUAGGAAAGUGAGAGAAUGUGUAAAAACCAACGUUUGAUAUGUACAUUUUAGCCUAAAUAUUAUAUUACGUGUGUUUUCUAGUGACGAGGCAUGUUUCGAUGACUGUCUAAUGUUGUAAAUCUGUAAGUUCGUCUUUUUUUAUGUGGCGCACGCAUUCGCAUAUGUGCAAAGUUACACUCGCGUUUCAUUAAGACACAUACAUUCAAAACAUACACUUACAAUUACACGAGUUAACUUCUUAAUUGAGUAAUAAAUAAUAAAUUUUACUUUAUGUUUUGUCUUGUUUUUUUUGUAAUGUGUACAUUUUGUAGGAGAGGAGUGAGAAGCAGUGAGAGUAAUAGAAGAGCUAUUAGAGGCGGAUAAUGAAAUUUUGUAAUUAUACUUGUAAAACGCUGUUUCGUGCGAAACGAGAGGUUGAACCUGAUUUCUUAAUUAUUCUUAGUGGUAGUUCGUAUUGAUAUAUUGAAUAUAUUUAGGAUAUAAAUAAUCGACGAGCCGAUCAAGAUCGCUCGCUAGCCAAUUUGCUCCUACAGUCUUUUGUACCGUUCUUUUUUCUAAAUAAUCACUAUUAGCAUUAACGUGUAUUUCUAUAUACGCUUAGACGAAGUUUUUCUACACCCAAUACACAUACACGCGCGCGUUAACGCCACACUGUUAGUGACUUUUUGAACGAACGCAGAUUCUUGAUCGUCGAUCGGGUCACGCGAUUUUCAAAAAAGGAAGAGUAAGAAAACGUGGAGGACGCGAUUCGGUUUUUGAAACGAGGUGCUCGAAGUAGGGAGUCGUUUGGUAAAUUAUUAGAAUUUUUUAUACAUGCGAGUUUCUUCUCUAGGGAGAAAAAGUCGAGUACCGUUUUCGAGCAACUUGACGAAAACCGUCGGGGGGGAAAGGCUCUCGAGGGGGAAAAAAAGCGCAGAACGAAGGAAAGUGAGGGUGAGAAGGCCUGAUACCUGUUUUUUCAUACGUUAGGUGUUUUUCGCAUGUACCUAGUUAGGCGUUAAAAGAAAAUACGAGGUAACCUUUUGAAGCUAUAAAUGUUAAGCCUUUUUCACGUAGCAGGACAUGAAUGCGGGAGGAGUGAAACAGGGAGAAAAGUGAGAGAAAACGAGCAAGAGAGAUGGAAUGAAUGCUCAAGAGGAAAAAGGAAGCGUGAGUGGCAUGUGAAGCUAGUUACGGAGUAAGAGAUAGAGACUGUGAGCGCAAGUGAAGCAACAUUGGCAAAAAAAAACGUUCGGCGGGAGAUUUUUUACCUUUUUCUAAAAAAAAAUUACAACGGUUGACCUAAGAUGUUUGUAGUUGAAUGUACUUGGCACUUUUAAGACUUUCGCGUAGAUCGAUUACACGGCGGGAGACGAAAAAUUAGUAUUUCGAUUAGCGUUUUUGUAUAUUCACGUAACGUGAUUGCGUAUAUAGACUUAGGGGCGCUGAGCUUCCGCUUAUUUUUCGCGUCUUUUUGACUUUCGGAAUCGAGCACCAGUAUUUAGGUAAUUUUCCCACUUUUAAAGACCUUUUUUUUUUUGCUAACAUCGGUCUUGUACAUCGCGUGUUGAACCACCUUUUCGAGGAACUUUUUCUCGAAGUCAAAUUUUGUGCAUAUCAGUGCAACGUUAAAGCUGCUUUUGUCCAUUUCGAUUUUUUAAUCUCCUCGCUCCUUUCCAUGAGUGUACUAGUCAUUAUAGAGUACUUUAAUAUAAAAGAAAAUUGUUGGAUCGUCACUCGGUCAAUGAAUUUGAAUUUCGAGCCGAUGGUAUUUUUUCAUCGAACAUUAUUUAAUGCCAGGCGUUCUUUUUUUUGUUUGUUUAUAAAUUAAUUUAAAGUAUUUUUUUACUAUUUACGUUAUUAUCUACUACAUGGCGAUGAAACGUAUUAGACGAAUAUUAUUGAUUACAUUAUAAGAGGAGUGCAAUUCACUUUUAAGAGAGGUUUAUUUUCGGUAUAGAUACGCGACUCACUCGAAUAAACGAAUAGACUAAAAAUCGUGCGCAAUGCAAUCGACCGUUUCGAGCUUUAGACAAAUCUUAGAUAAUCGUUAGCUGAACAGUAACAGUAUUACUCGAGUACUGGAGGUAUCAGCGUAUGCUUCUUUUCUCAUUGUUAACACGUUGUAACAUGCACGCGUUUGAUACGAUUUAUAUUAUUAAUUCUCGUUGUUGAACUACUUAGACGAUUGCGAUUGCUACCGAUCCCAUAUCUAUAUUUAAAGGAAAACACUAAAUUCUACACGGACACAUGCCUAAUACACAAGACUUACAUAUUCUUUGAUACUUUUACGCUUAAGCCGCUCUUUUCACUCCUAUUAUACCUUACGAGCAGAGCAAAUCUCAAAAAACCAACUUAAAAAAAAAAUAUGCAUGAAACUAAUCACUAGAGUUCAAAAUAUAUAAGAAAAAAAAGUUCGAUUUUCAACUAUUUAAAUGUCAAUUUCAUUUACAAUCUAACUACCGUUGGUUAUUCGAAUUUACUCUGCUUCGAGCUGCUCCAUCAAUAUUUAGAUCACCGCAACAAAUAACACAAGUUGAUUGUGAUAUUUUUCUUCAGGGAAUAUAAAUAUUGAACAUGGGCCAGCAGAAGAGCAAUGUAUGUAUUCGCUUGUUCCGAUCUCCCGAGUAUAUAUGUAUAAUAAUACCUUGUAUUCCAAGCUUCAUGAUAUAGUUAUAGUUGACCGACAAUUCACUGUGAUUGGCUCUAUCGAUAGCCACGCUACAUCAAAAAAAAAAAAAAAAAAAAAAAAAAAAAAAAUAUA